AUGCUCAAUGGUACAUGUCUUACAGAUGCCCCACAUACCGAAGGCAGUACCAAUAAUGCAUGUGUGAAUACCACUGUUCCUGAUGUUCAGAUCAAAUCUGGUGCUGACUUGGACGAUGGUGAGAUUGAUAAUGGGCCAACAGAGAUUGAGGCUCAGGUGCAGCUUGCGCAAACAUGCUCACUUGCUAUUGAGCUGUCUAUCCCGCACUUAAAAGACCUUGUUGGGAAAUUCCUAUUCGAACAGCUUCACCCUCGCGACCUUUAUGACCAUGCAAUCAUCCCAGCUGAGAGCUUCCCAAUCUAUGAUGGCAAAGUCUCGGUGGUCAAUUCAGCGUCAUCAAGAUUCUAUGCAUCCAGUGACCCAAGUGGGAUGGGAGGAAUGCACAGAGAACACAUUUGA